AUGAGUCGUAAAAUGUUGAAGAGAUCAACAGAGGAUAACAAUGCUGAUGAAACAGGGGAACAAGUGGGAAAACAGAGUAAUGAGAAUCAUGAAAUUUCGACAGCCCAAUCUCAUGAAGAAGAAGAAGAAAGAUCGAAUUCGACUAAUGAUUCCUCAAGAACUGCAACUGAAGUUAUGGCUAGAUCCCUAAAUGCUCUUAUGGAGAAGAAAGACUUUAAGAGGUUUGGAAUGUCAAGAGGUAGUCUCAAAGUGAAUCAUUUAGCAUUUGCAGAUGAUAUGAUUAUAAUGCGCAAGGCAGAAGUGAGAACAAUGCAGAUGAUUACAAAUACUUUGAAGAUAUAUGAAGAUACUUCUGGACAGAAAAUAAGCAUGGAGAAGAGUGCUAUUUAUAUGCAUCAUUCUAUAGCAGGGGAAGAAGCAGUGAUAGCUGAGCAACCAACUGCACCACCUGAAACAACACGAACAACCAGCACCUCCAGCGGGGGCUCCAAUGGCUGCAUCAGCUCCUCGAUCUUCCGACGAAACCAGCAGCAACAGCUGCAACAGCCUCUCCAUCGCUGCAACAGCAACUUGAAGGAGACAGCAGCCACGUCGGUGAGCAACAACCAACGCCGCCGUCUCCCUCGCUGGCCAGCAGUCAAAAGACCCUUCCAAACUCGAGAUUUCGGUGAUUUAAGAGGCGGAUUUGCAAGAUCCGUCUCAGGUUUUAACAUUGAAGGACUGCACCUGAGGAAAGUGAUAAUGCUGUGGCGGGAGAGAGAUGUUAAAAAAGCGAUAAGAUCAUACUAUCGAGCUAUCCCUAACUUUAUAAUAUGGAAACUUUGGAGAAGGAGGAAUAGAAUGAAGGAUGAGGGAAAGAAGUUAUCAAUUCAGAGAGUCAUUCAUAAUAUUACCAAGAACAUUUUCAUGAUGCUACAAAUGAGGAAGCCUAAUAUGAAAUGUCCUUGUAAUUGGCCAGAUAUGAUUAAAGAAUUGAAAAGUUACAGUCCCAAGAUGAAGGCAAUAAGAGUAUUGUGGGAUUUCCCACCAGUAGGUUGGCUAAAAUACAAUAUAGAUGGGGCUUCGAGAGGAAAUCCAAGUAUAAGCUCCUACGCCUUUUGUUUGAGGAAUGAAAGCGGGGAUUUACUGUAUGUAGAGAGAGCUACUAUUGAAAACACCACUAACUCUGUAGCAGAGGCGAAAACGAUUCUAGAAGCAUGUAAACAUAGCAGGCAGGAGCAACACAAUAAUAUAAUCAUUCAAACAGAUUCUAUGCUAUUGUACAAGAUUCUAGAAGGAAAAUGGUCAUGCCCCUGGAUAAUCACAGAGAUGGUGACAGAAAUCAAAACAUGCUUACAGGACAAACAACAUACAUUCCAGCACAUUCUCAGGGAAGGAAAUUAACUAGCAGACUACUAGGCAAAUAUUGCAAUUGAUAAAGGAGGAUGCAACUACCAAGAUUUCAGCAGUUUGGAAGUAGCAGAAAGAAAUAUCAUUAACAGUGAUAAACUAAAAUGUCUCUAUUUGAGAGUAACUCCAGCAAAGGGAUAGAGGGGACAAAGAGAUUCAAAGUGUUAGGUGUUUUGCUUUUGGUUGAUUGUUUAUUUCUUUCCUAGUCGAUUGAGCCAUGUAGGAAAUGGGCUUUGCCCGAGGUGGUGUAAGGUGAUGUUUUAUACUCAUCAUUAAUAAAAUACCAAAAUUUA